CGGCGAACGUACAUGUACUCGUCCGAAGCAGCAGACACGUCGUCACACGAUCGUCAUCGUUGUCGUCUUCGCAGGCGAGCUUGAUAGUCGACGUGUACAUUGUGCACUCAGGUCGUCACUCGCAGCAGCACUGUUGUGCGGCCCGCCACACGUGGAGUCUUUUGCACUUGGCGACCCCCACAUCGACAGUACGAGUUUCGGCGAUGGCCAUGAACGGGGGGCCGGGACGUGACUCACUGAGCAAGGCGGAGAGGACGGCGGUGGCAGCGGCCGUGAACGCCAUCCUCUUCCGAUGUCAAUUGCAGAGGGGCGAGGGGAGGAUGAGAGCGGCCAUUCGCGCACGGCGGAAGAGGACGCUGCAGUCCACGAAUGUGAAGGGGGAGGACAAUGGUGCCAUUUGCGACGUCGUGCUGCAGGUGUGCUACGCCAUGGGGUGUGCAGCAUUCCCCAAAGCGACGCCCAUGAAGCGACGGACAGGCGGGACGUGGGAGGAUCUUCGGCAAUGCGACGACGCGACGGUGGACUACUUCAAGGACAAGCUGCGCAUGUCGCCACGUGUGUUCCAAGAGAUCACAGAAGCUUUGUGGGCCUCGUGGGAGACGUAUGAGAGCGGGACAUGCAGCUUCGGCAUUGGCAGAUCUUCCGGGUCGGUGGUUGUGCGGGAUGUAACUGCGGUGUUGCUGAGUGCGUACCCCGACAAGAUAUCCUGGCCGACGGGUCUGCAGAAGGCGGUCGUCUUGCGCGCUUUCAUUGACAAGGGUUUCCCUAGCUGCCAUGGGUGCAUCGACUGCACCCACAUCUUCAUCGACAAACCAGCGAAUUGCCGCAGGGAGGACUACUACGAUAGAAAACGCCGUUUCUCCAUCCAGGCGCAGGUCGUUGUCGAUUUGAACUUGCGCGUGUUGGAUGUGUUCGUCGGUUAUCCGGGAAGUUGCCAUGACGUGAGGAUCGUCCACCUGUCCAGUUUAUGGGCGCGCGAGGAGGCAGGGGAGCUUUUCACUGGGCCACCUGUCAUGCUGCCUUUCGGUGUGCGGACGAACGGCUAUCUGCUGGGGGACAACGGUUAUCCGCCCUCCGAAUGGGUAGUCGUUCCCUACAGCGGUCUCUCACAAACCUCGUCGAAGUUGCGCUUCGACAACAAGCAGAAGACGGCGAGGGGAGUAGUUGAGAGGGCUUUCGGCCGACUGAAGGGGAUGUGGAGGUUGUUCCUUCGCUCCCACAAGACGAACAUGGAGACGUUGCCGCGGCAGUUCGUCGCCGUCUCCAUUUUGCACAAUAUACUCAUCGACGGGGGCAUCCCCUUCCACGACAAUCUACUAUGGGAGGUCGGCCCGGACGGUGUGCGUCGCAGGGUGGAUCUUGGGAUGGAGCGUCCCUUGAGGCUGAUGUGUAUGGAGUCGUUGACAGGGGAUGCGCUCAUUCUACGAAACACAUUGGCGGAGCGAAUGGGUGCGCAGUGAACACGGCCAGGCGUGCAGAGCGGUC